AUGCUGCAGGUGUUCAAGGCGCACGAGGGCGACGUGCUCACGCUCUCCGUCUUCUCCUACCUCGACGCGCAAACCGCGGGGAAGCGCGUCCCCACCACGCUUCUGGUGAGCGGCGGCGUCGACGCCAAGCUCUGCGUGUUUGCGCACCGCGACGAAGACAGGACCGGAGAAACCGGAGAAACCGUGGAAACCGAGAGUGGGUGGAUCCACGCGGCGACGUACCGCUCGCACACGCACGACAUUCUGUGCUCGACCGUGCAAUUAACCGCGAAUAACGCCUCGACGCUGUUCCUCACCACCAAGCUCAAAACGCUCAAGCACCAGCUCGACGUGCUCCGGCGAAACGCUCAGACCCCCGCGGCCGCACCCGUCCCCGCGGGGACGGGGAGCUCGGACUUGCCGGUGCUGCGGCCGGUGAACGAGGAUUUGGCGAUGCUGGCGAUCAUCAGCGGCGGCGCCGACGGGAAUUUAGUGGUCUAUAAUCUUCAAGGACGCCUCGAAUCGCUGACCUUCCGGCUGUACGGGUUCCCCUCCUUCUUCUGCCCCGCGGUGGCCGCGCAGGCGAAGCACUGCCUGCUCCGCUUCGACCACAGCGUGGAGCUCGUCCGGCUCGGCGAGCCCGACCGCUCCGUCUCCCCCGCGGGGAGCGCCGACCCCGGCAAGGAGACGGUGUCGUCGACCCCGUUUGCCCUGUCCUCCGGGUUCCAGAGCCUGGCUCGGAUCCAUCUGGAGGGCGGUCGGAACACGCACAGCGCGGCGCUGUUCGAAGACGAGGACGCUUGUCUUCUCCUCGUCAGCGACAUGGCGCAGAUCAAGCUCUUCCGCUUCCGCGCUGCCGACCUCACCGUCCAGCCCGUGCCUCUGCCUCCCGCUCUCCGCGACUUCCCCGCGGUUUCCGUGCAGUUCCUGGCGCUGCGGACGCUCUGCGUGCUGGCGGUCAGCGCUUCGGGCGACUGCCGCAUCGACUCCCUCGACGGCGAGUGCUUCUUUGCCGGGCAUCUCGCCGCCUCGCCGCUUCCUCCGCUCACCUCCGUGACCGUAGCGCGCGUCCGCGAGGCGCGGAACACUGUUUCGCUGGUGGUGACGGCGCUCUGCCGCACAAUCGCCAUCGUCGACCUCGACCUCGUCACCCGCGCCGCUUCCUUCGCCCCGCUGCCCUCGCCCGCCCUGCCUAUUACCGCGGUUACCGUCGUGCGGAGCCGGAAAGCCCUCCGAUUGGCCCCCGCGGAGGGCAGUCCCGCGGUUCCGGGGAAGUGGACGCUGCUCGCCGCGCUGGCGGAUAACUCGCUCACCGCCUACGAUCUCGACGAACGCCGCGUGAACCGCGAUUUGGAGCUCGCCGUCUUCGCCUUGCCGCCAGAAUUCGCGCGGUCCGUGGAACCCAUUUCCACGAUGUUCUUUUCGAAGAAGGACAUGCGGUGGGUCCUCGCCAACCGCGAGGCCGCCGUGGCCUGCCAGAUCCGAAUCGGAGAAACUGGAGAAACUGGAGAAACCAGGGAAACCAGGGAUGCGAAGCUGGAAAACGCGUUGAUGCAUUGGAAGGGUCAUCGAUUGGAGCGGCUGAUGGAGUAG